AUGGCCGCCGUCACGCCUUCUCCAGACGUUAGUCCCGUGUCAGCCGCCACGACCAAUGGCCAUUUCCCGCGAGACUCAUUCUGCCUUAACCUGAAUACCUUACCCGAUCAGAGCAAUUUCGUCCUCAAGUCCUCGCUCAAGUCUCCUCACCUCCUCGAGUCUCCCGGCGGCUUCUACUCGUCCUCACCUGGUCUGAAUGGUGCCUUCAAGAAGCGUCCGCGCAACAUGUCGCAGUCUUCGGGUACAGAUCGCGAGAUGUCCACAGACACCACCCAACCCCAGACCAGCAAUGGAACUGCUCCCACGAGUAAUGGCACAAAUGGUACCUCUGCCAACAGCAAUCCGAGCACUGCUAGCAACACAAGCAACAGCAACACCAAUAACGAGCCGAGGCCAACCACGAAGAAACGGCCCAGUACCGAUACCAUAGACUAUCCCCGCCGCCGGGCAACCAUUGCCUGCGAAAUCUGCAGGUCGAGGAAAUCUCGCUGCGAUGGCUCUCGACCCAAGUGCAGGCUCUGCACCGAGCUAAACGCCGAGUGCAUUUACCGCGAACCAGGCAUCAAGCUCGAUGCCGGUGACAAGCUGAUUCUUGAGCACCUGAACCGCAUCGAAGGACUCCUCCAGACGAAUCUCGCAAACGGCUUCAACCUGUCGACUCACUCACCUGCUGCCAGCAAUUCCACGAGCGAUGACUUUCUGGCUCGAAGUACGGGCGGCAUGGCCGCUUUGGGAAUGAUUCCACCAAUCAACGGCAUCGGAACGUGGAAUAGCACCCCUUCCAACAUCUCCACCAUGCCCAAGACGCAUACGACUGCUGCGUUGCAUUUGCUACAAUCUCCCAUGAUCCGGGAGCUGGUUUCCCGUCCGUACGAUCCAAAAGUCCUGCUCCAGCUCGAGAUGAGCCGCGAACCCCUAAGGCUUGGCACUUCCCUCGGCCUGGACCUGUCCAACACGGGGACAUAUGUGCGGGCAUUCUUUGAAGGAGUCAACGUUUUCUAUGCCAUUGUAAACCCGUAUACCUGGAACAGCUACUACCAGAUUGCCCUGUCCCGCGGCUUUCGCGAAGGGCCGGAGAGCUGUAUUGUGCUUCUGGUGUUGGCUUUGGGGCAUGCGUCAAGCACUGGGACCAUCUCACAACAACCGCGAGAUAAAGAGCCUCCCGGCCUGGCAUACUUUGCACAUGCGUGGGCACUCCUGCCCAGUCUGAUGACGACCAACAACAUGCUUUCAGCACAAUGCCAAAUCCUAGCCGCUGCUUACCUGAUCUACCUUGUUCGACCAGUGGAAGCGUGGAACAUCCUCUCGGGUGCAAGCAUGAAGCUGCAACUCCUUCUCAUGGCCCCGGGACGAGUAUCUCCUGCUGAAGAAGAGCUUAGCAAACGUGUCUAUUGGAACGCUGUCAUGAUUGAAAGCGACCUUCUCGCCGAGCUCGAUCUCCCCCAUUCGGGUAUUGAGCAGUAUGAAGAGACCUUCACCCUCCCUACGGGCUUUGAGGACAUUGGCGCCGACCCAUCCAUAGGGAGAGACGAGUUGUGGUACUUUCUCGCCGAGAUAGCACUCCGUCGUCUCCUCAAUCGCGUCAGCUCUAUGCUCUACAUUCGAAAGUCACCUUUCUCCAAUUCCCCAGCUGCUGCCUCCAUCGCCCAACUCGACCCCCUUGUUAUCGAACUCGACUACCAGCUCAACCAAUGGUAUGCGGGAUUACCACCCGCCAUGCAAUUUCCCCUCGACAGAGUCCCGCUGCAGAACCCAGUCCAGACGGUGUUGAGGCUGCGAUACUUUGCCUGCCGCACCAUCAUCUUCAGGCCGUACAUCUUGCUCGUGCUGCAAGACGAGAGUCUCGCAAUGGAUCAGGGCGUACAGGAGAAUUGCCAUAGGUGUCUUGAGGCUUGUAUCAGGCAGUUGGAGUACAUCACAGCACAUCAUGCGGGCCAUUUGCCUUAUCUCUUCCAGGGCGCUUUAUCAAUCAUCUCCCAGACACUCCUCGUCAUGGGCGCAACCAUGUCUGCUUCGCUCUCCGCUCUGCUCCCUCCACCUGCUACUAUGGACGACAUCAUCACGAACGUGAUUCACGAAAUUGAGCGGCUUGCGCAUCUAUGCCCCAGUAUCCGACUUUCUGCAGAGUUGAUCCGCGAGGCUGAGGGAAAGAGGCAGAUGUGGCUGAGGACCGCCGGGCUGAAGUUUGAGCCGUAG